AUGCCCGCACUGUCACCCACAAUGACGGCCGGUAACAUUGGCGCAUGGCAGAAGAAGGCCGGUGACACCAUUGCCCCCGGUGACGUUUUGGUCGAGAUUGAAACGGACAAGGCUCAGAUGGACUUCGAAUUCCAAGAGGAAGGUGUCAUCGCUAAGAUUCUAAAGGAUGCCGGCGAGAAAGAUGUCCCCGUUGGCAACCCAAUUGCUAUUCUCGUCGAAGAGGGAACCGAUUAUCUGCCUUCGAGUCCUUCAGUCUUUCAGACGCAGGAGGUAACGCCGCAGCACCGGGAGCCCAGCGAUUGGCUAAGGAGAAGGGUUGUCGUCUCUGCUCUUAAGGGUACCGGCCCCGGUGGUAAGAUUACGGAAGACGAUGUUAAGAAAGCCACCACAACUACCGGUUCCUCUGCCUCCCCUGUUGCCUCUUACGAAGAUACCCCCCUAUCCAACAUGCGAAAGACCAUCGCCAAGCGCCUACAAGAGUCCGUCAGGGAGAACCCUCACUUCUUCGUCAGCAGCCAGAUCUCCGUUUCCAAGCUUCUAAAGCUCCGACAAGCUCUAAACAGCUCGUCCGACGGCAAGUACAAGCUGUCUGUUAACGAUUUCCUUAUCAAGGCCAUCGCUGUUGCUUCUAAGAAGGUCCCUGCUGCCAACUCGGCCUGGACGGGUGAUGCUAUCCGCCAGUACAACAGUGUCGAUGUUUCUGUCGCUGUCGCCACCCCCAGCGGUUUAAUCACUCCUAUCGUUACUGGUGUUGAGGCCCGCGGUCUAGAAUCUAUCUCGUCCAAGGUCAAGGAGCUCGCCAAGAAGGCCCGCGACAACAAGCUCAAGCCGGAAGAAUACCAGGGUGGUACUAUCUCCAUCUCCAACAUGGGCAUGAACGCUGCCGUCGACAACUUCACCGCCGUCAUCAACCCCCCUCAGGCUGCUAUCCUAGCUGUCGGUACCACGAAGAAGGUUGCUAUCCCCUCCGGUGAGGAUGGUACCAGUGUCGAGUGGGAUGACCAGAUCACAGUCACUGGAAGCUUCGACCACAAGGUAGUUGACGGCGCAGUCGGUGCCGAAUGGAUCAAGGAAUUCAAGAAGGUGGUAGAGAACCCUCUUGAGCUGCUUCUGUGA